AUGGAUGAUAAUUUUGUAAAUGAGGAUGAUGAACAAUUAAUAAAAACACUGCUGAAAAAUAGACCUACGUUUAGCGAAGAAUUUAUUGACUAUUAUCUUUCUUUCAACGGAUGCAAAGUUACCGAAAAGUCCUGCUUAAGAUUAAUAUCGCUCAUUUUACAUAUGUCCUUAGACACUCUAAUAAACAACUCGCUAACCUUACAGCCAAAUGAAAAGUUGAAGGACAAUGAUAAAGAUUAUAAGAAUUCAUCUAAUGUGGAAUUGAACUAUAAAGAUCUAAUUAAAGCGUUAAAAGAAUUUGAUGAAAAUUAUAAAAGUGAAGAAAUUACAAAAAACUUAAAUGUGUUUUUAGAAUAG